ACAAAGCUGCACACUGCACAGAAGAGAGGGGGUGAAAAGAUAGGAAAGGUGACAGCUCUUAGUCAGUUAGCAGUGUGUGACUCUUCUUGUAAAAACUACAUGACAGGAGAAGUGAGAGGACAAGAGAAUAACUACAAGAAAAAAAGAAUACUCGGACACCCAAACGAGAGGCGACUAUUGCCGAAAUUUGGAAUUGGAAACAAAGGGACGUUGUCGACAGCAGGCGAAGGAGCAAAGUUUACAGAGACUGAUCCAUGAAAGAAAGAAGCCAGAGUUUGCACUCAGUGAAAGGCUCAUCUUUACCAAAUCUCAGCAGUCUAACAAGAGUCAGCCAGUGGUUUUUUCAUCCUUUUUAAAGGUUUGUUUGCAACGAGUAUUAUGCCUCUAUUCGGCUGGAUGAAAUGGUCGCAAGAGACAAAAGUGCAAACUCGCGCUGAAACACAAUCUCUGAACAAUUCAGGGGUUGUGCCCAGUCGUAUGCUGAUAACAGAGCUCUUGUGGCAUAUGGAAGAACGAGAACGGCUGGCAAGAGAACUGGAGCGGGGGCACCGGCUGGCCCACAACGCCUUAGGUCUCCACUGGUUUCAGAAGUACCCCAGGUUACGUACCCUCAUUCCUUCAUCGGAGCUACAACAGCUUGAGUUCCUGUGUGCCCAGAUCCCACCUCUCCACACAGCCACAGUCCUCUCCAGAUUUCGUCAAGUGCUGGCCACCAACAACAUAAGGCCCUGGGAGCUGUCAUGUGUCUUCAAGCAGGUCCUGAUGGACUUCAUGAGCCAAAGAGAAUAUGAUCACGAGGACAACCUCUCAGUGCAGCCAACACAUUUCCGACUGAUGGAGGCUUGGACCAGGCGUUAUAAAGUAAAGCAGGCCUUCGUCACACCCACAGUUCCCAACUGCGGAGACCACCUGAGAGAAGAGAUCCCAACCAUCUCUGGAUAUGUGGAUUGGGCCACAAGGCAUUCAGGUUCAUUCACACCCCACAGGGACUGGGACUUUCCAUUUUACCAUGAAGGAACUCACAGGCCAACAGAAGCAUACAGCACAUUAUUGUGAGAAUACACUCUUUACUAAAUGUGUUUAAAACAAGAAAAAAAAACUGCACAACUGCAUGGAGACCAAAUAUCCAAUAAAUAGACCAAUUUGUAUCAGUUGUAGAUAUUACCUGUGACCAGAUGUGAAACUAACAUUAGAUUAGGAUAACAAGUGGUUUAAGUAGUCUUGAUGACAAACCCUAGUUGGUCUUUACAGCUGGCAAUAUAUUUCUAAAGAUAUGAUGUCAGGUAGAUGCAGGGAUUUUAUAUUGAAUGCUAGAAAUGCUUCUGAGUCUAACGAAAUGUUAGCUUGUAAGAGUUUUUCAAAGGGAGUAGAUACAUGUGUGUGACAUUUCAUCAUAGUUUUUAGAGCCCCAAAAAUUAUGUAAGCAAGGAGGGGGGAUAACAGUUGACAAGUCUUUAGUUGCGAAAUAAGUCAAUUUCAGACAGCAGAAGCUGCAGAUCUCUUUAAGGAGAAAAAAUGUAUUUAAUAAAGCUUUUUUUCAAGUU